AUGGGCUCUCCUCCCCUAUCCGCCCGCAGCGCCCGCCUCUCCGACAGCGGCCUCUCCACCGGCCAACCCGUCGAGACCAUCAUGGAGGACGUCGAUGUCGAAGGGCGCCCCGACAUGCAGACCUACGGCAUUUCCUCCGGCAACGGCAGCUCCGAGGACGUCGAGGACUACAUUGUCGACGGCACCGACGGCAACGACGACCCCAACGCCCUUAGCGACAGCAGUGGUGUCAGCUCGAGGAACUUCACGCCUGCCAGCACGGUGGUGAUGAACGAUCGGAUAACGCCGCUGACUGACGAGAUCACGCCGUUGACCAAUAUCUCGACCUAUGGCUGGACUCCUGGCUCCUCGAUGCGUAGUACGCGCAGCGCACAGGGGUCGGGGCAGUAUGAGAUGGCUGCCGCCACGCCUAGUACCACCCUCCCGUCGAAUGGGAUGCACUCCGCUCAGACGCGAACAUCGAGACCCGCCGCUUCCCGCACACCGUCCAACGCAUAUGCCCCAGCGCGGAGACCGCAUCAGUAUUCCCUCAACACCUCAUCACGGCAAAGAACGGGCUCGGCGGGGAGACAUAAACGCAAUCCAAAUGCGGAGUAUCGAGCGCAAGAGAAAGCAUACGUGCAGCGAAUACGGCAGGAAGAUCUGCCCGGCAACGAUUUCUACGGCGAACCUCGCACGCCGAGCCUGGAUUACAGCACUGGCUCAGAGUCGGAUGAGGAAAGUCCGACGCAGACGAACUAUGUCGACAAUGAUCCGUAUGAUCAGGAGGUGAUGCUGUACUAUGGAAAUGACGAUGCAGAACCGUCUAUAGAAGAGCUGAAAAUACCCGCGAACCGGGAGAGAUUGGAGUGGCAUGCUAUGCUAGCGAAUGUGCUGACGGGAGACGUGGUGAAACAGGAGAAGAAGAGGUUGAUCGGAGGGCCGGAGCAGCAGGGCGGAAAUACUCUGCGGACGGAGCUGUGGAUGGGCGUGAGAGCGAAGACUUGCGGCAGGACAGUCACGGCACAGAAAAGAUUGAUUGAUGACGGACGGUCAAAGAUCAAGCCGGCUAUCGAAGCUAUCAUCGGCUUCGAGAUCAAAGGCGAAGCAGAAGUGGGCAAGAGCGCAGUAGAGCAGGUCCAAGAAAUCGUCAAGAAGAUUGAGAAGAUCGAAGGUCUGUACCCUCAGCGUGAGGCUUUUGAGGAAGCACAUCCACGAGCGGCUUCCGAGGCGUACAAGAGCAUGUGCGAUGCCGUCAUCUCAUGGCACAACACUACGGAGCUCAUCAACACCGAACUGGGUAUCUUGCGAAAGUGGGUCGGCAACGUCGAACUGGACUUCACCAAACCGCGCGAACGACCUGCGGAUGUCGCCAAAGGCAACCUCUUCGACGACUCUUCCUUCAUCGACCGUAUCUUGAAAGAGGACGGCCUGAAAUCGUUGCAGGGCGACAACAGCCUUCUCACUGGUGUGAAUACCGUCAUCACGAAGGCGAAGGAGACUUUAAUAUCCAAUGCCGCAGCCUUCGCCGAACGCCAUCUACCUCCUUACAUCGAAGAACUGCUCACGCUCAUCAACUUCCCAUCCCGCCUCAUCCAGGAGAUCAUCCGCAUGCGUCUUUCCUACGCCAAGAAGAUGAAGGAUCCCGCUCAGCAAGGCGUCAUGAUGGCCGAGCAGAUGAUCUUGCAAUUCCAAAUCCUGCUCAAGCUGGCCGUCACGAUCAAAGAAAUCUACCUCCUCGUCGCACAGCCGGAGCCGGGCUGGGAACUGCCGCCUUGCAUUGAUGAAGCCUUCGAUGGCGUUGUGUUGGAGGCGCUGAAGUUCUACUUCAAGAUGCUGAACUGGAAGCUCAUGGCGAACAAGAACACAUUCAAGGAGGCUGAGAUUCUGGAGCAGGAGUGGGACUUCUCAAACGAGCUGGGCAGACAUCUUGAUGGCGGUGAUGUGGAGGUGGCGGAGCAGUUCUCGUCGCUCACGAGCAAGUCUUUGGGUCGGCUGACGGCGUCUUUUGAACGCGAACUGCAGCGACGGCCGGAUGAAGUCGCUGGUGCGGAGAUGGACAAGCGGUACAAGGCUAUUCUCGACUCUGUCCGUGUGAGGCAGAGGAAGAUCUACCGUUUCUCCCGGAUUCUGAGUCAGCGAUUCGAGAACGCGACGGAAUACAACAUCAACAUCGAUCACGACUCGUAUAGUGAGCUGAUCGAGUCGUUGGUGUACUCUGGCCACUUCCUCAUCGAAACCACGCCCAGCUCCGCUACGACGGUCACGGCAGAGAGGGACCAAGGGAAAUUACUUGUCAUCGCCAGCCCGGCGCUCAAGGACAGGCCAAAGGACAUCAUGAGCAUGCUCGGUACUUGCUAUCACGCGGAAGAGAGCCUGCAUGAAGACGCCAGCAAUCCUUACGUUCUGAUCCUCAAGCCGGAACACCCGCUAGUGUGGGAGGGUCAGCGCCUGGACUCAAACAUCCGUCAACCCCACCUCGACCUGAAGAUGGGUCGCCUACGCCUGGUAGCAGACGGCAGCCAGCAGCGUCUCGCCAACGCCAAUGCCGCUUUCCUCAACAUCCUCGGCGGCUUCGAGCUCAACGUCCUGCUGGACCAGCGCGCCAACUUGCCCCGCGUGAACCAGGAAUUGACCAAGAUCCGCAAGACGGCGUACAAGCUUUCCAACACCAUCAUGGACUCUGUUGAGAUUGUGCGAAAGCAGACUGAAGGCUUGGAAUGUCAGGAGCUGAUCCAGACGUGCUUUGCGUUCGCCACGGAGUUUGGACAGCGCAGUGCCAUCCACAUGGAUGCUCAGCGCAGAGUAAUGCACCAGUUGAAGCUCACGCAUCUGGCAUUGGACUGGGUGAGUUUCAUCUGCGACGACUGCGUUGCCAGCGAUCGAAAGACGUUCCGAUGGGCGGUGGUGGCGCUGGAGUUUGCGAUGGUGAUGACGCGGGGUCAGAACAUCCUGAGUAUCUCUGAUGAAGAGUAUGCGCAGCUACGAGCGAAGGUGGCCGGGUGCAUGAGUCUGCUGAUCAGCCAUUUCGACAUCAUGGGCGCGAGGAGCACGGUCGCCGCGCAAGCAGAGAAGCAGCGCUUGGAGAACAUGGUCGGGAAGUUACGGCUGGACGUCAGCAAACUGAAAGACGACGAGGAGUCCUCCCGCCUCGUGCAGAACCAAUGGUGCGAGGAACUCAACAAGAUCGACCAAGCGCGCAAGGACCGCGAAGCCGAACGCCAGGCCUUGGGACGAGUGCUGGAAGAAAGCAACGAAGCCGACCGCGCUCUCACCCAACUCUCCGCCAACGCCGGCAACGUCCACCUCCGCUGGCAACAGGGCCAGUUCGUCGGCGGCGGCACUUUCGGGUCUGUCUACGUGGCCAUCAACCUCGACUCCGGCGGUCUCAUGGCCGUGAAGGAGAUUCGUCUGCAGGAUCCCAAGAUGAUCCCCACGAUCGUCGCACAGAUCCGGGACGAGAUGGGCGUCCUCCAAGUCCUCGACCAUCCCAACGUCGUCCAAUACUACGGCAUCGAGCCCCACCGCGACAAAGUCUACAUCUUCAUGGAAUACUGCUCAGGCGGCUCUUUGGCCGGCCUGCUCGAACACGGCCGCAUCGAAGACGAGACCGUCGUGCAAGUCUACGCGCUCCAAAUGCUCGAAGGGCUUGGCUACCUGCACGAAGCCAACGUCGUGCACCGCGACAUCAAGCCCGAAAACAUCCUCCUCGACCACAACGGCAUCAUCAAAUUCGUCGACUUCGGCGCCGCCAAAGUCAUCGCGAAACAGGGCAAGACUGUCGUCGCCGAAGGCCCGGACGGCCGCGGGAGGAAAGAAACGAUCCAGGGCACGCCCAUGUACAUGUCCCCCGAAGUCAUCAAAGGCGGCAAACACCCCAGCGCCCGUUUGGGGGCCGCAGACGUGUGGUCAAUGGGCUGCGUGAUCGCGGAAAUGGCCACGGGCUGCCGUCCUUGGGUCGGCUUAGACAACGACUACGCCAUCAUGUAUAAUAUCGCGCAGGGCAACUCGCCUAACCUGCCCACUGACGAGCAAUUAUCCAGCGAGGGCAGGGAUUUCUUGAAGCGGUGUUUUGAGCGCGACCCUGGGAGGCGAGCGAGCGCGGCGGAGUUGCUGCAGCAUGAGUGGAUUUUGGGGAUUAGACGGCAGCUUGGGGUGGAGGGGGAGCCGAGGACGCCGGUGACGCCGCAGACGCCUGGGGGGGAGGGGGUGAGGCAUGGGGUUACGUUUUAG